AUGAAUAGAUAUUGGCAAGGACAAUUUAAUGUUGGACAUCUUCUUUGGGAAGAUGUAGCCAAUUCCUAUUUGAGUAUGGUUCGAUUAGAUUCGUAUAGUCCGAAUGCAAUUUUAAUGAAUGUGAAUAAAUUUCCACCACGUACUAACGGAUUUGAACGUUUGAUAAAAAAUGUGUCUCCAUCAUUUGUUAAAGAUGUUGUACAAUUCGACGACUAUAUGAAGAAUUUUUCUAAUGUAAACACAGUCUGCUUUAAAACAAUAGUUGCUGGUGGAUCUGGUAAUUUCUUUUUAACCGACGGGGAGACUGUUGGUAAAGAAAAAAUGUUGUAUGAUUUUCGGAGCAGAAUAUUAAUUCAUAAUGGCAUUGACUUACAGCAUCCGCCUGAAAAACACCAAAUACUUCUUGUAAAUAAAUCACACUCCGAUUGGGGACAUCAAACUAAACAUCGGUCACGACGUAUUAUCUAUAAUCUGAAAGAAGUUGAAUUAUUUCUGAAAGAAACUUAUCCAUAUGUUUCAAUUGUUACUGUGGAAUUUCAUAAAAUGUCUUUUACAGAACAACUAUGGAUAAUAUAUAAUACAACAAUUUUAAUUACUCCAUGUGGAGGUGUUUCAGCAAUGAUUCCAUUUUUGCCAAAGGGUGCACAUGCAAUUAUUAUGGAUUAUUCUAGUACGGAAUACUUUCGAGGUUGGCAGCCAAAUGAAUCAGCAUCGAUGGAAAGUUAUUCAUGGAAUUAUUUUCAUCAUUUUACAAAACUUUAUUAUCAAAUUCGCGGUCCAGAAGAUUAUGUACUCGAUAUGCCUAAUACUGACGAUGUACGAAAUUAUGCAUCACCGAUAAUUAAAAUGAAUCGUUUAAAAGAACUUGUUGAUACAGCAAUAGAAAAUUCCGUUGGGUUAGGUUAA